AAAAUGUCGGGACAGACUCUGACGGAUCGCAUCGCCGCGGCGCAGUACCAGCUCACCGGAUCCGAUGUGGCUCGCGCCGUAUGCAAAGCCACCACGCACGAGGUGAUGGCGCCCAAGAAGAAGCACCUGGAUUAUCUGAUCUCAGCCACCAACGAGACAAACGUGAACAUCCCUCAGAUGGCUGACACACUAUUCGAGAGAUCCACUAAUGCCAGCUGGGUGGUCGUGUUCAAAGCUCUAACCACGACCCACCACAUCUGCAUCUACGGCAAUGAGAGAUUCAUUCAGUAUUUGGCUUCAAGGACUUCCUUGUUCAAUCUCAGCAACUUUAUUGACAAAACAGGCUCCCAUGGCUAUGACAUGUCUACAUUCAUCAGGCGAUAUGCACGGUACUUGAAUGAGAAGGCAUACGCUUACCGUGCGAUGGCCUUCGACUUCACUCGAGUUAAAAAGGGAGCUGAAGGUGUGAUGAGGACUAUGGCUCCGGACAAGCUCUUGAAGGCCAUGCCUGCCCUGCAGACUCAAGUGGACACACUGCUGGAGUUUGACGUUCAUCCUAAAGACUUGAACAAUGGCAUCAUAAACGCAGCAUUCCUGCUUCUCUUUAAGGAUCUGAUAAAGCUCUUCGCCUCCUACAAUGAUGGCAUCAUCAAUUUAUUAGAGAAAUAUUUCAAAAUGAAGAAGUCUGAGUGCAAGGAUUCUCUGGAGAUUUAUAAGAAAUUUCUGACCCGGGUUACCAAAAUUGCAGAGUUCAUGAAAAUUGCUGAGCAAGUAGGAGUGGAUAAGAAUGACAUCCCUGACAUCUCUUAUGCUCCCAGCAGUAUUCUGGAAUCACUGGAGACACAUAUGAACAGUCUAGAAGGGAAGAAAGGGGAAGGGUCACCCACAAAGGGAUCACCCACCAAUAACGUGUCUCCAACCUCCACUCCCGCCAAAUCUGCUGCUGCCGUCCCCACUUUGGAGCCGCCGCGCACCGAGGCCGCGCCUGCUGCCGAAACUGCCACUGAUUCUCUUCUGGAUCUGGACCCGUUGUCUUCCUCUGGACCUUCUGCAGGAGGAGCAUCAGCUGCUCCCACGUCUUGGGGAGAUCUGCUGGGGUCAGACAUGUUUGCGGCCCCUGCGGCUGAAACAGCUGCUGCUGCGGAGGGUGGGGCCUCAGCAGCCACGCCCACCCCUGCUGCCGAUGGCACCGCAGCAAAUGAUCCCUUCGCUCCAACGGCAGGUUCUGCUGAUAACGCCCUUCAGUUGGACCUGUUCUCCCUGCAGCCAGUAGAUGACAGUAAUGCUCUCUUUAGCUCAGUGGCGCCCACUACUGGCCAGGCACCUGUCUCCACCUCCACUAGCGAUGUAGCCCCCACUGCUUCCCCAGCACCGACGAUAGACCUGUUUGCUGGUUUUUUUGAUCCCAUGCCAGAUUCAACUGUUCCCAAAUCAGACCCUAACCCCAGUCUAGACCUGUUUUCAGCAGAUGUGUUUCGUCCUCCUGCCGCUGCUCUAUCUGCCCCCAUGAGCUGGCCAGACAGUGGGGCAAAUCUGGACCUGUUUGGGGAAUCUGCGGGUGCUGGUGAGGCCAAACCAGCCCCUCCGGCCGCAGCAAGCGCAGGAGGAGAUCUGAUGUCAGCUUUCGAUGGAUUGGGUGAUAUGCUCAUGCCAGCUAUGGCUCCCCAGGCAACAGGGGCCUCCUCACCAGUCAAACCCAUGGGAGGAGGAGACCUGGACUCAGCUAUGGCCAACAUGGCCAGCAAUUUGGGAGCGGGGAACCAGAAACCGGGUGAAUCAGCUGGAGGGGCGAACUGGCAAGCGCAGGUACCCACCCCUAGCUGGGGCGUUACCAUGAAUUCCCCUCUCGGGGUCUGUCCUGUCAUGGGAUCCCCGUCACCGUUUGGCAUGUCUGGAGCAGGAGCUGCUCCCAUGAUGCCUGGCUCACCGAUGAUGGCCGCUCAACAACCAAUGAUGAGGCCACAGUUUCCGGCAGGAGGAGCCCCUGGACAACCGAUGUCUCCAGGAAUGGCCCAGAGUCCCAGGAAGCCUCCCCCUUCUAAAGAUCCUCUCGCUGACCUCAGUAUCAAAGACUUCAUGUAGAUGAGCAGCUGGUUCUUCACACUUAUUGUGCAGCCCUGAUGAAUCAGACGUGUGUACUCUCUUCCGUUCAUCACAUUCUGGGCCUCCAGUCCCUCCUUCUCUCUCUCUCUUUCCCUCCCUGUCUGUUGUUGUAGCACAAAACGUGGACGUGACUAAGUACAUGUGUGUACGUGUGUUUGUAUUUCAAUGUUCUCAGUUACUUCAGAUCUAUAUAUUUAAAAAAAAAAAAAAUACUAUGAAGAGUAAUGGCAGAUGCAUUCUUGAAUGUGCAUCUGCAGGUCUCUUAAUGAUAGAUGUGCAUUCAUUUUUCCUGGCUCGCUUUCCGUGGGAAAUCAAAUCAAAAGUGUGACGUUUUCUGUGGAAAAUGGUUUUUUGCUGUGGUAAAUAUCACUGGGCCGGUCUGUGUCAUCAUCAGUCGAGUAUUAGUCAUCUUUUGACCAUGGAAUAACUUCUGUGGGAACAAUAUCAGCGUAUUACGAGUUAAGGUAGUGUCUCACGCACUGUUUCUUUUUAUCAAUGCCCUGAUUUUAUUCUUUUUUUUUUUCGUAUCUAUAUUGAUUGAGUUACAUGCAACAUGUGACUAUUCAAUGAAAAAACAUAUGCAUUUUAGAAUAUUUUAAAUGACAGAUUGUUUUGGAUAUCCUUAGUCUUUAUUUUGAGAUAAAAAGGUUGAAUAUAUUUUAGUUAUGUCAGAAGUUUACUUUGCAUACUACAUGGCUAGUUAGUAAAUCCCAUUUGUACAAAGGUCUGUGUCCAUCACAAGGCACUGUCUGAGCCGAUCGAGUCCUGCUUGUAUGUACAAUAUAAUAUGACAGCAUGUAAUUCCUCUGUUGUGCAAAGGGGACGCCAUUGAGCCAGAUCAGAUUCUAUCAGCAGCAAGUUCCUCAGCCGGUCUUAAAAUAGGACUGAACAGAACUGGCUGGCAAGUGUGUUGUUGUAUUGCAAGUGAGUGUUUGCUGCAAGUAUCAAGGAUAUCAAAGGGACAAACAGCAGUUUAAUGGGACAGUAUUGCAUUUUAUUGAUGGCUGUUUUUUUAUUUCAAUUGAACAUUUUGUUGAUAAAUUUUAUUUUUGGAUGGAAUAACACCCUCUGCCCCUCCCACCUUUGUGCAUGUUAGUCCUGUUGAAAUGCAAUAAACAGUGAUCUGGAGAGAAA